AUGCCUUUCUUGAUGCACACACUGGACCAAGAGCAAGAUGACCGCCUCGAUUUUGUUGUGCACUUUCCAAACGACACCAGCACGAUCGAUCUCUAUGGUGACAAGAAUUACGCUCGCCCAAGUGACCCGGGGUGGUGGGAUGAACAUAAGUGGGAGAAAUUGUCAGACGAAGAAUUCUGCAAGACCGACGUAAAUCCCUUUACCGGCACAGCUACGAGUACGGGGUGGAAGCAUGGCAUCUUCACUUGCUGCAACAGGAACCGACUGUCGUGGGUGGGGAAUGGGACGAUGAAAAUUGAAUGA